CUUGUUCCAAGAUCCUGCAGAUACAGACCGUACCAGACCACACAGGAAAAUCGACAUAUAGCGUCAAUAUGCAGAGCUGGAAGAACAUUCAAGCCUCCCUCACGGCGUCCGUAGCCUCGGUCGACCUCUCGGGAAUCAAUAAGAACCUCAAGAAUACCGUACAGAGCACUCGGGAGAGGUUCGGUCAGGUCGACCCUAACGAUGUGACCGAACUCCCUGCCGAGUACAAGGCUCUCGAGGCUCGAGUGGACGCUCUUAACGACUUGCACAAGGGAAUGCUCAAGAUCACCAAGGUCCACGAGACCGAGUCUUACGACUACCCCACCCAGAUCACCGAAUCCAUGUCCGAGCUCGGACAGACUGUCUCUCAAGGAUGGUCUUCUUUCGCUCACAACAACCUCAAGAAUGUCAAGUUGCCCGUCAACGUCCCCAUGCCCGCUGAACCCGGUUCGACCCCUCCCGCUCCUCCCAAGACCUUGCCUCACGCUUUGAGCAGGGCCGCUAAAGCUGGAGCGCUCAAUGUCGGAUUGGAGGACCGGUUGGGAAAGACCUUGAACACUUACUCUGAGGCUAUGGAGAAGGUCGGUGACGCUCGUCUGCAGCAAGACCACGUGAUCGUCGGCACGUUCUUGACUCCCUGGCAAGCCACCUUGUCGUCCUCGAUCGCGCUCGCCAUGAAGGCCAGGGCGAACGUCAAGACGGCGAGGCUGGAAUUGGACGCCGCUCGGUCUGCCAUGAAGUCGGCUGCCGCCCCCAAGCAGGAACAAUACCGACUCCAAGUGGAGGAGGCUGAGGACAAGUUGGUUCAGAUGACCGAGACCGCCAUCGGGCUCAUGAAGGCUGUUCUAGAGAACCCCGAACCUUUGCAAAACUUGUCAAACCUCGUCAACGCCCAGCUCAUCUUCUUCAGCACGGCCGCCGAGACCCUCUCGAGCGUACAAGGCGAUAUUGCAGAUGCCGCCGCCGCCGCAGAGGCCGAAUACAGGCAAACUCGGGCCGCUUGAUGCGUUUCAUCGGCCUUGUGAAGGUGACAGUUUCUUGUUUAGAUUUCGCCGGCGAUGUUCCACCGCUUGGCUGUUCGUAUUUUGUUUUUCGUGCGAGGGGUCUCGGUAUACAAUUGUUUGUUAUUGCGGUCAUCUACGCUUCGAAGCGUUACCAAAACUCUGUGGAGACACCAGGACACGGCUGUGGCUUCAACAAAGCGAGUCGAUCGAUUUCAUUGCGUGUCAACAGUGGC